AUGUCGCACUUGAGAGAUGGCUUAUUAUUGUGCCACACCUGUGGCAGAGAAAUUAUUCGAGGUCAAGCACAUGCUAAUGAGAUACAGAAGAGUGAUGAUCAUUUUGACUGUGACAAAUGCAACAAACAGUUCCCUGAUAUUGAAAGUUUAAGUCAGCACAAGGCCAAAGACCAUGGUAUGUCCUACCAAUGUGAUGUCUGUAAGGAAUUAGAAGCAAGAGAAGCAACUGGUAUUGGUUAUAUCGGUUGUGCCUGCGAUGCAGAGUUAGAAAUUGCCACUGAACUUGAAGAUCAUAUGAGUAUGCAUGACAACAUGCUGCCCCACUAG